AUGUCUUCAGAGAAGCACCAGGCUGCGCUGCGCGACUCCGACAAGCCCAUGGACAACUUUGUCGAGGCCUCGAUCAUGAAGGGCGAUCCCGAGGACGGCCUGGCCCGCGAGGGCGCUGAUUACUCUGGCGCCGUCAAGAAGACGAGCCCCGAGGAGAUUGCCCUUGUGCGCAAGCUUGACUGGCACAUCAUGCCCACGCUGUGGUCCAUGUACUUUCUCAACUACCUCGACCGAAAUGCCAUUGCCCAGGCUAGACUUGACGGACUCGAAGACGAUCUCGGUCUUGUUGGAUCGCAGUACAACACGUGCAUUUCCAUCCUUUUCGUCGGCUACCUCCUUAUGCAGGUCCCCUCCAACAUGCUCAUGUCGUCCAAGUACGUCCGGCCAUCCAUCUACAUGGGCGUCUGCAUGAUGACCUGGGCCGUCGUCUCCGCCUGCACUGCCCUCGUCCACAACUACGCCGGCCUCGUGGCCGUCCGCUUCUUCCUCGGCAUCACCGAAGCCCCCUUCUACCCCGGCGCCCUGUACAUGCUGUCCAUCUUCUACACGCGCAAGGAGAUCGCCACGCGCCUCGCCAUCCUCUACUCAGGCAACAUCUUCGCGACGUCCUUCUCGGGCCUCAUCGCCGCCGCCGUCUACAACACGGUCAGCGGCAACCACGGCCUCGCCGGCUGGAAGUGGCUCUUCAUCAUCGAGGGCUGCGUCACCUUUGGCGUCGCCAUCAUCGGCAUGUUCACCCUCGCCGACAGCCCGCUGACGACGCGCUGGCUCACGCCCGCGCAGCGCCAGCUCGCCCACGACCGCAUGCUGCGCGACACGGUCGGCCUCGAGGAGAGCAAGGGCGCCAAGGCCGGCUUCAUGCAGGCCGUGCGCGACCCGCGCCUCUGGGCCCUCUGCUUCAUCCAGAACAUGCACCUCAGCGCCUGCUCCUUCAACAACUUCUUCCCGACCGUCGUCGGCUCGCUCGGCUUCGACCGCACCAUGACCCUCGUCCUGACGUGCCCGCCCUACCUCGUGUCCGGCAUUUUCGGCUACCUCUGGGGCAUGUCGUCCGGCCGCUUCAACGAGCGCACCUGGCACAUCACCAUCGGCAUGGGCAUCGCCAUUGUCGGCUUCGUCAUCUCGUGCGCCACCAUGAACGUCGCCGCGCGCUACGUCUCGUGCUUCCUCUUCGCCGGCGGCGCCUACUCGAUCAACUCAAUGGUCCUCGGAUGGGUCUCGGCCACGCUGGGCCAGACCCCCGAGAAGAAGGCCGUCAGCCUGUCCAUCGUCAACGUCGUCGCCAACGCCUCGUACAUCUACACCGCCUACCUCUACCCCAAGAGCGACGGCCCGCGCUACCUCACCGCCAUGGCGAGCAACGCCGCGUUUGCGUUUGCUUGCAUCGCCGGCACCUGGGGACUGCGGUUCUGGCUCAUUCACGAGAACAAGAAGAUGGACCGCGCGGGAAACACGUCGGGUAUGCGCUUUGCUUAUUAG